CAUUUCCCAAGCAUUUCCGAAACUGCAUAAGAAGUCAUGAUGUGGCGGCUGUGCGACACGGAUUAGCCUAGCAUAUGGAGUUGAAAUGGGGUUUAGUAGUUUAUUUAUGAUUGUUAUUGCUUGAUUUAAGGAUGAAACUCGUAGCCAGAGGUGCAGUUUUGUGUUUUUUGGGUUUGUUAUUGCUCGUGUGGGAGUGUGAAUGCUCAGAGAGCAGGAGAGAGCAGCAGGAAGCUGAGGAGCAGAACCAGCAGAACCAACAGAACCAGCAGAACCAACACCAAACACAAACUCUGAGCAGAGGAGGAGAAAAACAUGGAGCAAAUAACAAGCCAGACCCUCAAACCGACUCUCACAGAAUAAACGCCACAGAAACACCCGGCAAUGAAACGUUACGCAGCACCACCCCCGUUGCCAAGGCGACGACCUCGACCCCGCCCACGGUCAAGCCCAUCCUGCCGGUUCAGACGGGGGUCAAGGCGCAGGAGGAGGAGCAGUCGAGCGGCAUGAGCAUCUUCUUCAGCCUGCUCGUCAUCGGAAUCUGCAUCAUACUGGUUCACCUGCUGAUCAAGUUCAAGCUGCACUUCCUGCCCGAGAGCGUGGCCGUCGUUUCUCUGGGAAUCCUGAUGGGAGCCGUCAUAAAGAUCAUCGAGACUCAGGAGCUGGCCAACUGGAAGGAAGAGGAAAUGUUCAGGCCCAACAUGUUCUUCCUCCUCCUGCUGCCUCCAAUCAUCUUUGAGUCGGGAUACUCGCUUCAUAAAGGAAACUUCUUCCAAAACAUCGGCUCCAUCACCUUAUUCGCCGUCAUCGGGACGGCCAUUUCCGCCUUCAUCGUCGGGGGAGGGAUCUACUUCCUGGGACAGGCGGACGUUAUUUACAAGAUGACCAUGACAGACAGUUUUGCGUUUGGUUCUCUGAUCUCGGCGGUGGAUCCCGUAGCCACCAUCGCCAUCUUCAACGCUCUGAACGUGGAUCCGGUCCUGAACAUGCUGGUGUUCGGCGAGAGCAUUCUCAACGACGCCGUGUCCAUCGUGCUCACCAAUACGGCCGAGGGCUUCACCGGCUCAGACGCCGCGGCUGUAACGGGAUGGCAGACGUUUCUGCAAGCGCUCGGAUACUUCCUGAAAAUGUUCUUCGGCUCGGCUGCUCUCGGCACGCUCACUGGCCUCAUCUCCGCCCUCUGUCUGAAACACUUUGACCUGAGGAAGACGCCGUCUCUGGAGUUCGGCAUGAUGAUUAUCUUCGCCUAUCUGCCGUACGGUCUGGCUGAAGGGAUCAAACUCUCUGGGAUAAUGGCCAUCCUGUUUUCCGGUAUCGUGAUGUCUCACUACACUCACCAUAACCUGUCUCCCGUAACGCAGAUCCUCAUGCAGCAGACGCUCCGCACCGUCGCCUUCAUGUGCGAAACCUGUGUGUUUGCCUUCCUGGGGCUCUCCAUUUUCAGUUUCCCGCACAAGUUCGAGUUUUCUUUUGUUAUCUGGUGUAUCGUUUUGGUUCUUCUUGGUCGAGCUAUAAACAUCUUCCCCUUGUCCUUCUUACUCAACUUCUUCCGCGACCACAAGAUCACCCCUAAAAUGAUGUUCAUCAUGUGGUUCAGUGGCCUGAGGGGGGCGAUCCCGUACGCCCUGAGCCUCCACCUCGGCCUCGAGCCCAUCGAGAAGCGGCAGCUCAUCGGCACCACCACCAUCGUCAUCGUGCUCUUCACCAUCUUGCUAAUGGGGGGCGGGACCAUGCCCCUCAUCCGCAUCAUGGACAUCGAGGACAGCCAAUCGCGGCGCAGGAACAGGAAGGACAUCAACCUGAGCAAGACGGAGAAGAUGGGUAACACAAUCGAGUCGGAGCAUCUCUCGGAGCUGACGGAGGAGGAGUACGAGGCUCAGAUUGUACAGAGGCAGGACCUGAAGGGCUUCCUGUGGCUCGACGCUAAAUACCUCAAUCCCUUCUUUACUCGCAGACUCACACAGGAGGAUCUGCUGCGCGGGCGAAUCCAGAUGAAGACUCUGACCAAUAAGUGGUACGAGGAGGUGCGACAGGGUCCAUCAGGCUCUGAGGACGAUGAUGACGAAGCUGAACUACUCUGAAUCUCUCUCUCUCACUCUCACACACACACACACACACAUACACACACACACACACACACACACACACACACACACGCACUCGUCUCUCGCUUUGACUGAAUGUGGUACACGGGCUGUACCACUGUACCAAGUCCCCGGAAGGUGCCAAAAACCCACAGAAAGGGGGAGAGUGAUCUCGGUUUGGGAUCGAGGUGUGCUUUGGAUCAGCGCUGGAAAGAAAGUAAACACUUUUUCAUAUUAAAAAAAAAAGGGAAGGACGUCAAAUCGAAAGGAAUGUUGACGUAAAAGCAAUAGCAGGUUUAUUUCUCUGUGUUCCGGGGUUUUAUGGUGAAGUCGCUGUUUUAUUAUUAUUAUUAUUUUAAUUCUAUAUUACAAACACUGCAGAAAAUGAUAUCAUAGCACGUGAAAACAUCUGGAAUAAAGACAAAUUUAUCCUGCAGUAGAACAAAAAUAAGAUAAUUAAGUCAAUUUCUAGUUUUAAAAUAAAUUUGCUUAUUUAAAGCAUUUCUUUAAAUAAUUGUAAGUUAGACAACAUUUCCUGAAGUUGUUUAUUCCCCGUCUGCCCCCCAGCAAUUUGCCAACAUUUACAGUGAAUUUAUUUAUUUAUUUAUUUAUCUUUUUUCUCUCUCGUGAAAUUAAUAGGAUGAAAAAAGCAGCUUGUCACGUUACCGAGAAACCGCAAAGAAGCGUAAACUCCUCUGUCCUGAAGACGUCGGAAAACUCGAAGCUACAGCUUUACCUCUGACUGUUACAAAGCGCUGACACUGGAGACUCCUUCCAGAAACGUUAAAUAAACGAUUACACGCAUUUUUCAUCCGUUUAUUAUUAGUGGAGCGUCCAAAGCACGCGUCCCUGUGAAUGAGCUGUUACUAUAGAAACGAUAACGUAUCAGAACGAGCGCGUUAAUAUAAACCUGCGCUACUGUCAGAGCUGCUGUUCUAGAAAACUAAUCAACACCUUCUGACCAAUCAGAAUGGAGAAUUCGACAGCGCUGUGGUUUAAUGAGAUAUUAGUCAAAUUUGUCGGUAUUCCAGAUUUUUUUUUUUUUGCUGUGAAAGGACGGGUUGAAUGUUGAAUGGAUGGGUGAUGGGAUGGAUUUUAUGCUUGUUAAUUUGAUAUUUAUUAAUUUUCUGUAUAAUUGUAGGAAAUGUUUAGAGAGUUUAUGUUGAAAUUCUUGCUACUGAAUAAUUUUAAUCAGAGAAGCUGCUGAAAACGUAUGAAACGUAUGGAUUGCUAGUGUAAGAUUAUACACAGGGACGUCAUGCUGACAUUUUCUGAAGGAAAACAAACGUUUGAUAAACAUUAAGCUCAUUUCUCACCUUUAAUUAAAUUAAUUUUUAAAUGUAAUUUAAAUGGAAUAUUGACAGAUUAUUCAGCGUAUUUUUGAGUGUUUUGAGAGGGUUACUGGAAAGAAAUGGAAAAAUUUACUACAGGGGGUCUCUGGUGUUUUUUGCAUUUUAUUUUAUUUUUUUUUUAAAGAGAAAAACUGCUUUCAUUUCAGUUGUAACUGAAUUAUCAGAUUUAACUUAUUUAAAAAUAAAUAAAGGGCGUGUCCAAAGUGAGGCAAAGAAAAUAAAUUUGUAGCAACAAGACAUUUAGUGUCUUGGGUUUUAUAGAUCUUUCUUUUUCUUUAAAUAACCAAAAUAGUCAUAUUGUAUAUAUUACUGAUAUAUAUAUUAUCAGUAAAGAAAAAUAAUAUAAAUGUAAAUUUUUGCCUUUAUAACUGCUACUGAUUAGCUGAUUUUGCUUUGGAUUUUAUUUUGUUCCAGGAUGAGCCCACGUCUCAUCUCUAACUUUUUGGAAGUCUGGUGUUUGUAGAUAAAUUAUAAAAGAGUUGUACAUUUUCCUUUUCUAUAGGGGGCCUAAACUUUUGCACUCCACUCUGUGUGCCACAUACUAACUACACAGAUGAAGAAUAGAAAUCACAGAACCGGAUGUUUUCGGUUAGUGAGAUUAAUUAAGCCAGUUAUUUUGGCCAAAAAUGAAGCCAAGACAUUUUAUUCUACAGUUUUGUACUGAGUGUUCUAGCUACUGUUUACACUGUGCUGUUCUUCUCACACAGCCAAGGGAAAAGGAGAAAAUGGUGUAUAUUUCAUUUAAAGAAGGAAUUUUAUUAGAUUACUGCUUUAUGCUUCAGUUCUCCUGCUCAUGGGUAAAAUGUUUGUUUUCUGAAAUACUGUGAAUGAAAUUUAAAAUAAAAUCAUUACUAAAGUUUA